GGGAGCGAGCAGGACGGAAGGAUCCAGGUGCCGAGAGGUAGCGCCGUUGAGGGUCCCGCGCCGGGAGGAGGCGGGACCUCACGGCCCCGCGCUGCCGCCGGUGCCUCCGUUCGCGCUGCGGGCGGAGGCGGUGUCUGCGCGCGGCGCGCCGAGCCUCGUCUUUCCCGAGCUUCGGCGCUCGCCGGAGCUGCCGAUGCGUCCGCCACCGUCUGCCUGCUGUGUUAUCUGACCUCCCUCUCGCCGCCAGUUCCAUCCUCCGGCCUGGUCUCCGCCGGCCUCGGGUGCUCAGGUGGGCAACGACGAGCGCGGCGGGGUCGGAGCACACUGGGCAGAGCGCGCGGGGCGCACGGCUGGGAGCGCACGGUGCGGCGCCGGCCCAUGAGUCUUCCCGGCACGGGCCGGCCAUGGGGGGCAGCCUGCGGGUGGCUGUCCUGGGCGCUCCGGGAGUGGGCAAGACAGCCAUCAUCCGCCAGUUCCUGUUCGGUGACUAUCCCGAGCGCCACCAGCCUACGGAUGGGCCCCGCCUCUACCGUCCCGCGGUGCUGCUCGACGGCGCUGUCUACGACCUGAGCAUCCGCGACGGCGACGGCGACGGCAACGUCGCUGGCCCUGGCCUGAGCCCUGGAGGUCUGGAGGUAGCGGUUCGAGAAGGUCUGGAGGAGCGGCCGGACCCUAAGGACUGGAGCUUGCAGGAUACCGACGCUUUCGUGCUUGUCUACGACAUCUGCAGCCCGGACAGUUUUGAUUACGUGAAGGCCUUGAGACAGCGCAUCGCGGAAACCAGGCCAGCGGGCGCUCCCGAGGCUCCUAUCCUCGUGGUAGGCAACAAGCGAGACCGGCAGCGACUGCGCUUCGGACCUCGGCGAGCGCUGGCCACCCUGGUGCGCAGGGGCUGGCGCUGCGGCUACCUCGAGUGCUCUGCCAAGUAUAACUGGCACGUGCUGCGUCUCUUCCGUGAGCUUCUGCGCUGUGCUCUGGUGCGCGCACGCCCUGCGCAUCCUGCCUUGCGCCUGCAGGGGGCUCUGCACCCAGCACGUUGCAGCCUCAUGUAACCAGAAUCGACGAUUGCUGAGCUUCACCCAGAUUGGACAAGGAAAUUCCUGACUGGAUAAGGAAUGCUUUCACUCAGUCUUGGGGGCGAGGGCCUCACUCUGAACUUCAAUGAACAUAGCCCAGCUUCAUGCUUCAAUGGACAAAGAUAACACGUUUCUGGGACCUCAUCAGGUCAGGGUCCUACUGGAUGGAAACAGCCGAGUCCGAUGGGAAGCACUCAGACUGCCUCUGGCACUUCAUUGGACACACACUAAGCUACGCCUCUUGUGAGGUAAUAAACAACUUAAGUUAUUGCA